AUGAAUCCACAGUCCCGUGCCCAUCGGAAACCGCCCGACGUGGAGGAGGCCCUAUCCUCGAUGCUCUGGACACCGUACGACAAUAACAUUUCCGAGUCGGACUCCUCGGAUGAGAUGGAGGUGCUGCAUCGGGUCAAUAACAACAACAGCAGCAACUAUAGCAUCUUCGGAACUGGGCCAAACCAAAACCACCGUCACCAUUCGCACCGGCAGCAGCAGCAGCAGCAGUCACUGAUGCGAAGAAGUCUUUCCGCGUGGAGUUAUCGAAGCCGGUCGGGAAAGCCAAGCCCGGCGGGUGAGGUUGGGAAUCGGUUUAGCUAUCCGUAUUACGAUCAGCCCGAGCUUGUUGGUGACGGUGGCUUUGGUGCAUUCGGUGGUGGUUUAGCUGGCGAAUGGUACGGGUAUGGUGGUACCAUCACUAGCAACAACAACAACUACUACCCACACGGCAUUGAUGGCAGUUCCUAUGGCUAUCUCGGGCUCCCGGGCCCGGUAACUAGCAGCAGAAGUUCCUACAGCUUUCAGCCUAGCGUCGAGCAUGAGAGAGCAGCACCUUGGCAAACGUUGACGACUGCGGCAGACCGAAGCAUCGAAAAGCGACCGUAUCUGCAGCAGCAGCAGCAGCAGCAGCAGCCACAGCUCCAGACACCGUUCGUUGGCCGCUGGCAGGGUGGCGUUGGGGCAUCGCAACUAGAGACAUCUUCGCUUCCGUUCAGUUUGCUCGCACUGGACAGUUUCAGUGUCACCAGACCGGGGCCUACCGGCGCGGAGGUCGCUGGAAGGGAAGUUGACGGGUUUGCUGACAGCUACCAGGACGAUUAUCAGGUUUAUUCUGAUGCUGGAACGGGCGAAAAUAUGGCCUCGGGAUGCAACAGCCGCACACGGGACAGCAACAUAAACAGCAUUAACAACAACAUCGAUGGUACCUGCAAUAACAAUAAUAACAACAACAGUUUGUGCAUAAUUUCCGCAAUGCUACGUCCUCCGUCGGAUGGUGGCAACGAUGGAGACCUACAUUUUCCAACCGAACAGUUCAACCAACAUUGGCAAGGGCACGACACCAUGGGAAGGGUGACAAGCACCACCACCACCACCACCCUAGGGCAGCAUAAUUCCAGCAUAACUACAGCGACGCUUCUACCCUUCCCGUACGGUAGUGUUGGUACGGUCGAUGCACAACGAACGAUCUCACGCACACCAGCGCUGGCGGCCACAGCAGUAGAAGGGGAUGACGGACCGACGAUACCCGGUUCGGCAUUGGCGUGCGCCGACCGUCCGUUUAAUUGUGUGCGGCAAGCGAACGCAGCAACAUCGACGUUGGUGCGUCGUGCGGACGGUGGUGCGCAAGCGGAUCGUGGUGUUCGCAACAGUGAGCUCGUCGAUCAGCAACAAACAACGGUGGUGACGGAAGCGAGCGGCAGUGUUGGUGCAGUGGCAACGAUGCGGCUGAACGUACCGGCGGCCGAAGGUGGCAGCCGGACGAGUGUGUACAUCCCGUCGACGGAGGGUGGUAGUGUUUGUGGUGGGUCAGGGGGAGGGUUAAUGUUGCCCGCGCUGACGAUCCAGGUCAAUCGGCUGGAUCCAAACAAUCAGCAGCAGAAUGAUGUCGUUAACAAUGCGGCGUCCGGUGUGAGCAUAGUGAGCUGUUACCGUGCGUCGAGUGUUAGCCAAACCGGGGUGGCCGAGUGUGGCCCACCAGUGCCGCAGGUGGAAGAUUGUGAAGGCUCCAGGUGCGUCCAGGAGCGCUGUGAUGAGGAAGCGAUCGCUGAUCGUGGUGUUAAUGCGGGCGUUACGGCCUCGCCAAUGGUUCAAGUUUCUAGUGUUGAGCGGCUAAAUGUCGCCGGUGAAGAAGGGCAGGGUGGGGGUGAGUGUGCUACUAGUGGUGUUGAUGGUGGUAUAGGGUCUCCUGUAAGUGCGAUCAGUGCAACGGUUCCAUCCCGUACCUUUACGUCAACCGAGGCGCAAACGGAUGAUUCGAUCCAACCGGCUCAACGGCUUCAGCCGCAACGUCUGCUCCAGCAACCGUCGGCCGCAUUCAUCGGCAGCACGCCGGUACAGCUCGGCCCGCCAGAACCACCAAUCAUGACGACCAUGCUUGGACCGGGGUCCGAGUUUAGUACGCGGGAACAUCGGCGGCGCGAGCGGCGCGAACGGCGGCAGGCCCGCAAUCGGCUGCAGCACAUACAUCCGCUCGAACCGGCGCCUCCGCUGCACCGUUCGCCCCCGCCCAUCGAGAUCAUACCCGACAUACUGCACAGCCAUCUGCCCCCGCCGUACACGACCCUGCCGAUGGGUGCGUCCCUCAUACCGCAGAUGAUCCCGGCGAAUGCGGUCGCGGCGGCCGCCGCCAUACCGGUACGGGCUGCCGAUGAUUGCCGCUACACGUUUCCGAUACCGAUCAUGCGAAGUUCACCCUCGGAACGGUCGCGCAAGGGAUGCUGUGGCCACUGGUUCGCUGGUCCACCGCUGCGAGCACUGAUAGCGGUGGUGGCGCUCGGUGGUGUUGCCUGUGCCUUGGGCGGUGCCGCACUCGGAGCAACGGGCUUGGCCGGUUCACCAACGUCUCAUCUUACUGCUGCCUUAUUAAUGAUAGGUGUUGGCGUGAUACUAGUGACAGUGAGUGGGGCAGCGUGGCGUAUGACUGCACCGGGUGCACCGCCCUGCCUGGGGCUCGGCUCGACGGUCGAUCUGGGACGCUGCUCGCGCAGACCUUGCGGGCGAGGUGGCAGCACGCCGCACGGAUUGUUGUACCCUGAGUUUCAGCAUAGGCCACCGCCACCAUCGUACCAAGCGAGUAUGCAGGAGUACAGAUUAAGAUUGCUGCUGCUGGACCGGGACCGACAGUCGGGAAGGAUGCGUAGUACGGCCUCACCGCCACCGACCUAUCGAUCCAACGUGGGAAGCCUUUUAAGAAUACCCCUCAGCUCGCGCUAUAAUAAUGGCAGCAGCAACAGCAUAUUCGGUGGCAUUAGUGGCAUAAUCAGUGGUGCCGUCGGUGGUGGAGGAGGUUCGAGCAAUAGCGUGAACAAUGUGCCACCACCCACGAUCCAGGCAGAUCUGCAAGUGAACAGCUCACCGAACCCGUACGGUUCCGAUGGCCAUAGUACGCUUCCGCCGAGCUAUCGGUCGGUAAAUCUGCAACCUUCGCCAACCGUUACGCACGAAACACUUCAGCGGCCAUCUCAACCACCUACCGUACCCGGAGCGUCAUCGAACGGUGCCACUUCACCGGCCGGGAUUGUGCAUAGCGGAAGCAACCGUAGUACCGUGGAGAAGGAAGCGAACCUAAUAAGUGAGGAUAAUGCGCACCCGGCGACUGGACCGAACCGUACGAGCGCGACGGGUGUGAAUCAUCAUGCACCGUCCAUAAUUAAAAUCGACGAUCGAUGCAACGCGACGGAUGAGCAAACCGGCGUCAGUUCGCGACAGCGAAAUUCAAUUCCCAACUCUGUAUCUCUAAUUGAUACCGGUAGCGAGGAACCGACGGUGUGUAGUGGCGAAGCAAACAGUGCCGUUGUCGGUAGCAACAACGCGGGCAACAUAAACAGCAAUAGCAGUAGGCUCUGUACGGAUGGCAGUGUUCCCACCGCAAACGGUAGCAGUAGCGUGCCAGCAGCAGCUAACGGCAGCAGCAAGGAUCUGGUAACGAUUGUUACCAUAUCCGGCACGAUCGAACCAUCUGCAGCUGGGGCUUGCCGGUCGGUUUACACUAGCGGCACCAGCAGUAGCUCCGGCAACCAGAUAGGUGCCGGAGGUGGGGCCACAUGUACAUUAUUAAACUCAAACUCAACGCCACUGUUGGCCACAGUUAUACCGGUCAGCAAAUGCACACCAACCAUCACCACCACAACAACGACAAGUGCAACGACGGGGAAUGCGUGA